AUGAGCCGCGCCAGCAGCACGAGUGCAGAAAGUGAUGCGUUUGAUGAUGAGGGAUCGGAAGUAAAAGAUGCAGAACAAGCGGCGAAUGAUAAAGCAAAUGUGGAGCAUCUCGAUCAUACCACCCGCAUCGCUAUGCGCUCGGGCAGCGUCAUCCCUGCAAAACCUUCAGCCUGCCGCAGCACGACUCCCACAACCCCAGCCUCCUCCUCGUCCCCGCCCACAUCCCCGCCUCCAGACGCCCCCAUGGCGACAUCGAUCCCGAUGCCCGGUCUCCCCAACCUAACCCUGCACUCUCCCUCUGCCACCAUCGUCGGGACCCCCUUCACCCUCGACACCGACAUCCCGCGAUUCGAGUACCCCUUCCCCGACACGCCCAUUCCGGGCCUAUACGAGUACAACAACACAAGCGAGAGCAGUGGCAGUGGCAGGCUCGCCAUCCCAGCGCUGCCCCAUUCCUCGUCGUCGGGCUCGUCAUCGGAUUCGACGUCGACAUCGUGCGGGUCAUCCGCGGCGCCGUCGCCAUCACAUCCAACUUCUUCGCACUACCAGCAUGAUCCGCACCAUCAUCAGACAAACGCCCAUCAGCACGUCCACAUCCCAUCGCGCCAUGCUACGCAUCCCGUCCAUAUCACCCACAUCCCCCACCCUCACCCAAAUCACCUCAUCAGCCAAUCGCCCCCGGGCAGCGCGUUCCCUCUCGCCCUCACUUCUACAUCUACAAACUCCUCGCAUCCCCAUGCUCACCCCCAGCGGCACCACCACGCCCACUCGAAUUCGAACACACAUUCGAGCCACCAGACCCAGCAUCAUCCGCUCUCGCCCAACGCCUCUGCCCUCCUCGCCGACUCCGACAGGGAAGAGCCCCCCGUGCCGCCGGGCCUGCUGAAGAAGAGACACCGCUGGAGCCUGGGAUUACUAUCCACCCCCCAACGCAGAGGAGGGGGCGGGCAACGGGAGGGGGAGCAGAGACGGAGCGCCACGGUCGACCAUACGCGACGGGGCGAUAAAAAUGCGCACAACAACAAUGACGGGACGGCAGAGUACUUCGACGUCAGCCCUGGUAGCUGCACAUCCGAGUCGAGCUCCUGUAGCGCCGCCAGCGAUUCUCUCCAUGCCCUCCAUAUCAGUGACUCGGACACGCUCCAAGGCAGCGAUAUCGAACCCAGCAAACUCGAGGAGGAGGAGAAGGAGGAGGAGAAGGAUACUGUGGCGGUAGAUGCGGUGGAUGUGACGACGCGCAGCACAUUGGUGAUGUAG